GCCAUAUAGUAUACCAAACACACUUGCGACCUGUCUUUCUUACUGGUAACACGCACGCGUCGUCAGUCGCCCAGGACGAGGCCAGAAAGCAGAGGAGCAGCCUCUGAGAUAGCAGCCGAACAGUAUCCGAAGCCACUGCAGCAUCAUGAGGUUUGCUCGAUCUCCAUUAUUUCAGAUUGCCUACAGUCUGCUGAUACUGGCGUCAUGCGUUGUAGCAGCACCAAAAGCAGUUACUAAAACUAAAGAUGGCGUCGAAGACGAUAACUAUUCGGAAGACGAAGAUGUGCCAAAAAAUCACAGAAAGCAGCUUGAAGAUGAAAUUGACUUAGAUGAUGCAUUUGAUACUGAGCAGCUGAAAAAUGAGCAACUACCAAUCCUGCCACCAAUUAUCCUUUUAGAUUUUGUAAAUGGCACGGAUGAUAACAACUCUACAUCCUCGGGUGAUGAAAAAUCUAAGAGAACAAUUGAUGGUAGUCUUGGUUAUGGUUUUAAUCAAAAUAGCUUGUUCUCGGGUAAACACAAUUUUUAUUUCCCAGCUGGAAAAACUGGAACAGCUGUUAGUAUAGAAGAGUCCAUAAGUCUUGCCCCAAAAACUGUCACUGAGAUUGAAAAACCUAUAACUGAAGAAACAGACGCCAAUAGUCCCCAGAAUGAGCAGGAAAAGAAAACACGUGAACCCCUUUUUGAAGCAUUACCUGACCCCUUGCCACUUGAAAAUGGACGUGAACCACCGCCGCUUUACCCUCCCUUUCCAAUGUUUGGUCAACGUACUAAACUUCAAAAGACAUCUUCAUCUGAUUUUGGACAGUAUCAAAGUCGGCCGGGAACAAAACAGUUCUCUAGUUCUUACGCCACAGCUGCCACUCCAGGAUCUGAAACCUAUAACAAGCUUAUUGCAGCGUACACAUCUAUGAAACCGGCAGCUUAUCAUACCGGUUCCUCUAGCUUUUCUAGCUCAGCAAAUAUCAAUGGAUAUGCUAGACCCAUGACAUCUUCAUAUCUCACUAACUAUAUGCCGGGUGCCUACAUAAGUAGCACCAGUCAGAAGUCUUCGUACAAUUCGAGGCCUAUGCCGUCUGUUAGUGCAGGUAGUAAUCAAGAAAUUAACUUUGCAAACUACCCAAGAUAUACUUAUGAAAAUGGAAUUAAAUACGAGCACAAAAUUGUUUGGAAAUAUCCAGAUGGUAAGAUUUCAGAAACACCGCCGAUGUCUUACACUAACUCGUAUUCUGAGUAUUCUGAACAACAGAAAAUUAACACAGCUAGCAUUAACGGCUUCCGACCUUCUACUCCUUACCAACCGAGACCAGGAAAUUCUCAACAAUAUCAACGUAUUCAAGGAUCUAGUUACAAUCCUUCUCUUGCAAACGCGCAAAAUAACAUUUAUUCACAAAGACCGGUUCAGUUUCCUAAGGAUCAAGAACAAAAAAACCCUAAUCAACCUAAAGAACCAAGUAGGUUUAUUUCUCACUCCUCAGGAAGUGCUUCCCCUGGAAAUCGAGUUGAGUCAGCAAGUCCUUACAAUUUUGCAUCUUACCAAGGACAAUAUGGAAUGAAACAGAGUCCCAAAUCUGCUGGAUAUAGAGUAGCAAGUGGGUAUAACAGUCCAUAUAAUAAUCAGUAUGUCAAUUCACAGUCAGCUCCAAAAUACUCCGUUGACAGUCCAGAAGCUGAUUAUACAUAUGAAAGUCCACAGGGACCCAAGGAAAAUCUGUUUUCAGCAAAUGGUCAAAUUAAUCAGCAGGUAUUAUCAAAAUAUUCGCCAGAAGCACAGCAAUAUCUAAAGAAAGUGUUUGACAAUGCAAAAACUUCCGCCAAAAUUGAAGCUCAUAAUAAUGUACCUGCUGGGUACGCUAAUACUGAUUACUCAAAUUUAUUAAAUUAUAAUCCUUCAAUAUCACAGUAUAUUAAAAACCCAUCAUCGAUUCUUAAUGCUCAGCCAACAUUUAUUCAGGCAGGCAACUCGCUUAUCCCAGUUAUAAUUCUUCGAGUUGAUGGUGCCCCACCCAUUCAACCAAAAGUAGGGUCUAACAUUAACCUCAAGUCUUUACUUCGCCAAUAUUUAACGCAAUAUGCUAAAAGCGUGUCGAACGUUUCCCAAAAUACGAAUUACGAUUUGGGUGGAAGUAUUAACGAUGGUGAAGUAUCUGCGUCGCAGCCAAAUCCUGUUGAAGAUCUUAAACAGCUAACUGAAAGUUUAGCAUCCCUGCGACAGCGAGGACACCAGGAUCCUGAUUUUACUACUAGCUAUGCACAUACUAGUACUUAUGAACAGCAAUCACAACAUAAACAUUUACCACAACAAUCACAGAGCAUCAUACCAGGACAAGAUUAUUCAACAAGUUAUGCAGGAUUUGUUAAGGAUUAUCAAAAAAUUCAUGCAGGACAACAAGGAAGAAAGUCUCAAAAAGUCAAGAGCGUACAAAUCAUUGAGGAUCCUACGUAUACUUCAUACAAAGUUGACAACAACUAAAACAAUAUGUCAAGAUAGUUGAAUGCUUUGAACACCUGAGUAAAGUUAGGACUUUUUCUCUACCAAGUCAGGAAAAUAGUUCUACAUCCACUCACUGCUCUCACUGUAGUGAGUAUUUUGAAAAAUCGCAUAUUGUACAUGGACAUUUUGCCAUCUUGUUAUGAUCUUGCCACAACUUACUUGCAGGGAGCACAGUCUACUUUCUCCCCUUGGUAUAUAAUAUUCUAUUAUUAUACUAAAGUAAAAGUCAUUUUCAUGAAGAUGCUUGUGAUUAUAAUUUUAAUAAAAUGGGCAUAUUGUUUUGAUGCAUGUCAUAACUUUGUUUUACCAUCAAAUUAAUAUACAGAUCUUUGAAACAUUUUGCAAAAUUUUCAACAUACGUCAAAAGAUUUUUCAAUUAAAUUUUCGUGACUCUCGCAUCUUUGAAGAAAAAGAUACAUGCAUAAAUUAUAAUCGAAAAAUAGAAGAAUAUUAGUAGAUAUGAACAUAUUGUUACCAGAUUCACAUCUGUAGUAUAAAAAAAUAAGUGCCGCCAUGUUACGAAUUGUAAAUUUUUCUUAAUUUUUUUGUUACAACUUAAUUUUUUUAUAAGAAUAUAAAGUUAUGAUUAUAUAAGAUUAAUUUCUAUUGAUACGUCAUAUUUAGAAAAUAAUGUUGUUAAACAACGUUCUUCAAUUCGUAUCAAUUUUAUAUACUAUUUUUUAUAGAUGAUUAUGAAUACAUCCAUGUAAAAAUGACCUGUAAGGGAUUCGUAAAAAAAUCGAAUUCAAAUUUAAAUAUGUUGAUCAAUGCUGGAAUUUGUAUGAUUUUUAUGCUUAAUUAUAUAAAAUAGUCUAUUGCUAUUUUUUUUAAUUAAAAAUUGUUGUAAAAUUCAAGAAAAACGAGUACUACUAUUAGACCUUUCAGAUACGUUUGAAUAAGAUAUAUUACUGUAUGAUCAACUCAUGUAUUAAUUUCUGUUUUAAUUCAUGUUCCCGCUUAUUGAAUGUAUUUGUACCAACUGUUUGAUAUCACAAAUAAGUUUCUUAUAUUGUACCUGACACUUUUUUUCUUAGUUUGUGAUUAUUAGCGUAUACUCUUCUACUUAUUAAGAAUUAAUCGUUAAAACGGAAACAAUAGUCAUUUGCACAAACUAAUAAGGCGUAAGUGAUUGACAUACGGGUGAUUAAUAAAGCUCACCAAAUUUUUAUACUUCACAAAGGUACCUUAUUAAUCAUAAACCUUUAGUGCUUUGUAUUGUUUUUAUUUAUAAGUCCUGUAAUUAAGA